CCUCCACAUCCACAACCCUUUUUCCUUCUUAACCACCCUUCCUCCUCUUGCCCCCCACGACCUUAUUUUGUCCUGCUUGGGUGACAAGGGAUAUCUUGACCUCUUUUUAGACAAUCUCCCCUCUGCUCUACAUCAAUUGGUCCAUCAUGCUCGCUUCCAGACAGGUUCUGGGCGGACUUGCCCGUGGCCGUGCCAUUGGCAGCGCUGCUGCCAGCGUCCGUCGUCUGGCUACCGUCUCCGAUUCUGCUCUCGAUAAGAAUGUUCGCCAGAACAUCCAUGAAGAGGGCAACUUCAUCAACUACAAGAAGAUGUCCGCCAACUUGGACAUCGUCCGCAGCCGCCUCAACCGUCCCUUGACAUACGCUGAGAAAAUCCUCUACUCGCACUUGGACGAUCCUCACGGUCAGGACAUCGAGCGUGGCAAGUCGUACCUAAAGCUCCGCCCCGACCGCGUUGCUUGCCAGGACGCCACUGCCCAAAUGGCUAUCCUUCAGUUCAUGUCUGCCGGUAUGCCUUCUGUUGCUACACCCGCUACCGUCCACUGCGACCACUUGAUCGAGGCUCAGGUUGGUGGCGCCAAGGAUUUGGAUCGUGCCAUCAACAUCAACAAGGAAGUCUAUGACUUCCUUGCUUCUGCUUGCGCCAAGUACAACAUUGGUUUCUGGAAGCCCGGAUCUGGUAUUAUCCACCAGAUCUUGCUCGAAAACUACGCUUUCCCUGGUGGUCUGCUCAUUGGUACUGAUUCCCACACUCCCAACGGUGGUGGUCUUGGUAUGGCUGCUAUUGGUGUUGGAGGUGCUGAUGCUGUCGACGCCAUUGCUGGACUCCCUUGGGAGCUUCGUGCCCCCAAGGUUAUUGGCGUUAAGCUCACUGGUCAGCUUUCUGGCUGGACUACGCCUAAGGACGUCAUUCUGAAGGUUGCCGACAUUCUCACUGUCAAGGGUGGCACUGGUGCUAUUGUGGAGUACCACGGUCCCGGCACUGACAGCAUCUCUUGCACCGGUAUGGGUACAAUCUGCAACAUGGGUGCUGAAAUUGGUGCUACCACUUCGCUGUUCAAUUACAACGACCGCAUGUACGACUACCUUGCUGCCACCAAGCGUAAGGAUAUUGGUGACUUUGCUCGUGCUUACGCUCACGGUCUCCGUGCUGAUGAGGGUGCUGAAUACGACCAGCUUAUCGAGAUUGACCUCAACACGCUUGAACCUCACAUCAACGGUCCCUUCACCCCGGAUUUGGGUACUCCCAUUUCCAAGUUCAGCCAGGCCGUCAAGGACAACAACUGGCCUGAGGAGAUGAAGGUUGGUCUCAUUGGCUCCUGCACCAACUCUUCCUACGAAGAUAUGUCUCGCGCUGCUUCUAUCGCUCGUGAUGCUCUUGACCACGGUCUGAAGUCCAAGUCCAUCUUCACCGUCACCCCUGGCUCUGAGCAGAUUCGUGCCACCAUUGCUCGUGACGGCCAGCUCCAAACCUUCGAGGAGUUCGGCGGUAUUGUUCUCGCCAACGCCUGCGGUCCUUGCAUCGGUCAGUGGGAUCGUACCGAUGUUAAGAAGGGUGACGCCAACUCCAUUGUGUCUUCCUACAACCGUAACUUCACUGGACGCAACGACGGCAACCCUGCCACCCACUCUUUCGUCGCCUCUCCUGAUUUGGUUGUUGCGCUCUGCGUCGCUGGUAACCUGCACUUCAACCCCUUGACCGACAAGCUUAAGGACAAGGAUGGCAACGAGUUUAUGCUCAAGCCUCCUACCGGCGAUGGUCUCCCCAGCAAGGGCUACGACCCCGGAAACAACACUUACCAGGCUCCUCCCAAGGAUCGCUCCACUGUCACCGUUCAGGUUUCCCCCACAUCCGACCGCUUGCAGCUCCUCUCUCCCUUCAACAAGUGGGACGGUAAGGAUGCCACCGACUUGCCCAUUUUGCUCAAGGCCCAGGGCAAGACCACCACCGAUCACAUCUCCAUGGCUGGCCCCUGGUUGAAGUACCGUGGCCAUCUUGACAACAUCUCCAACAACAUGCUUAUCGGUGCUACCAACGAGGCCAACGGCGAGGCCAACAAGGUCAAGAACUUCACCACUGGCGAAUGGGCUGGUGUUCCUAACGUUGCCCGUGACUACAAGGCCAAGGGUAUCCGAUGGGUUGUUAUUGGCGACUGGAACUACGGUGAAGGCUCUUCUCGUGAACACGCCGCUCUUGAGCCUCGCCACCUUGGUGGUAUUGCUAUCAUCACUCGCAGCUUCGCCCGUAUCCACGAGACCAACUUGAAGAAGCAGGGUAUGCUUCCCUUGACCUUCUCUGACCCCGCCGACUACGACAAGAUCAGACCUGAUGAUAAGGUCGACCUUUUGGCCACUCAGCUCGCUGUUGGCAAGCCCUUGCCUAUGAUUGUUCACCCCGCCGAUGGUAGCAAGUCGUUCGAGAUUCCUCUCUCUCACACCUUCAACGAGGACCAGCUUCACUGGUUCCGCAACGGCAGCGCCCUCAACACCAUGGCUGUUAACGCUGCCAAGAAAUAAGCUCUUCGACGACAGAGGAGGAUGAUAAUAACAUGAUAUCCAGUUUAGGGAUUUGCUUUCUGUUGCACUGUACAACAAUUUCCUAAAAACCAAUUCAAUUAAAAACGUAUAUUU